UUACGUCACGUGGUAUUGCUAUUAAUAAACAGCUGAUGACGCGAGAUUUGUAAAAGCCUGCGAGAUCUACUAGCAAAAUGGCGUCGCGUAGCCAUGUGGAUGUCAAUGAAAGAAGAUUAAGACCGAUUUAUGAUAGCUUAGAUAAUGGUAACAAUAAGAAGGCUAUUCAAGAAGCUGAAAAGGUUUUAAAGAAACAAAAAGAUUUCCAAUGUGCUAAGGUUUUAAAAGCCUUGGCUUUAUUAAGAUUGAAUCGUCAUGAAGAAAGCUCUGUUAUUUUACAAGAGGUUCAUGCCCAACACCCCACAGAAGAUUCAACAUUACAGGCUAUGUCUAUUUGCUAUAGAGAAGUACAUAAAUUGGAUCUUAUAGCAGAUUUGUAUCAGAAUGCUUUCAGUGGUAAACCUGAUAAUGAAGAUAUAUUGUCAGCCCUAUUUAUGGCACAUGUACGUCUCGGUGAUUAUAAAAAACAACAGCAAACAGCCAUGCAAUUACACAAACUCAAACCACAUAAGAACCCAUAUUAUUUCUGGGCUGUUAUGAGUAUAGUCAUGCAGGCUCAUACCUCACCAGAUAAAAAAUUAUCAGAAAAAAUGUACCUACCAUUAGCUGAGAGAAUGACAGAAAAAUAUAUUAAAGAUGAUAAUAUUGAAGCUGAAGCAGAGGUGAUGCUAUAUCUAAUUAUUUUGGAAUUGUUAGGCAAAUGGCAAGAAGCUGUUAAUCUUUUGGAAGGUCCCCUAGGAGGAAAGUUUGUAAGUGAAUUUAAUUUAAAGGAUAUAAAACUAGCCGAGUUAUAUAGUAAGUUAGAGAACUGGUCUAAAGCUAAUAUCAUCUAUAAAAGAUUACUUCAAUACAGUCCUGAUCACUGGCAAUAUUGGUUAGAUUAUUUAAAGUCUGCUCUAGCUCUCAUAGAGUCUAAUGAUCAAAUAGAAAAUCAAAAUGGAAAGGACGAAAAUGAAGAAACGGCUGAUGAUUCUGUUGAAAAGAUUUUAGAAUUAAUUGAAGAAUUAUCUACCAAAGGUUGUAGUCCAGACCAUUAUAAUCGAGGGCCAUUCUUAGCUAGAAUAAAACUAAUUAGUUUAUUAGAGAAAAAAGACCCAGAAAAAAGUCAAGAUGUGGGUUCUACUUUGCAAUUGUUAAUAGAACAUUUUGAGAGAUUUGGUGAUCGUUCUUGUUGUUUUGGUGAUUUUACUUUGUUUUUAGAUCAACUUACCGAUUCUCAAAAACUUCAGUUUUUCAACAGUAUUAAAGAGUCAAUUCCUCUAAAUGGAAAACCCAAAGAGCAUGCACAGGAUGUUAAGUUAUUACAGAGACAUCUAAUAGUGUUACAAGUAGAGAGAUAUUUAGGUUAUUUAGAUCCCCUACCUAUACCAGAUAAAUUAACAUUAAUACAUGAUCUUAUAGAUAGAUAUAGACAAGGUUUACAACUUAGUCAAGAUUUAUUAAUAACAGAUUUACAGCAUAGUGAUAAUUAUCUUCUAUUAGCUGUUCAUUUAUUGGUGGAUUUAUGGCGGGAAACUAAUAAAGAUGAAUAUAUCUGGCAAGCUCAGGUUCAGUUAGAACAGUGUAUUAAAAAGAGCCCUUCAAACUUCCAAGCUAAAUUAAUUUUAAUUCGUCUCUAUUGUACUAUGGGUGUAUUUGGACCAUGUCCAUCCUUAUAUGACAGUAUAGAAAUUAAACAUAUAAUGAAUGAUUCUUUAGGACAUAUAGUAUUUAAUCAUGUAGCUAGAUUAGGGCAUUUUGUGGCAGCAUGUGCAAUGUACGGUACUAUGUUACGUUUCUUUACUGUUAACCAUAAAGAGACAACAGAAUACCUCAUUUCAUCUUAUAAAUAUGGCUCCUUCAGUAAGAUAUAUGAAUUUGUAAAGUUUCGAGAAAGAUUGCAGAAUUCUUUACAGUUUGCUAGUGCUACAGCGGAACGUUUAUUACUUGAUCUCAUCUUUGAAACAAAUAGUCAUUCAGUUACGGAACAAAUGAUAAUAUAUAUGGAAAUUAGUCCUGAAGAUGAUAAAACUAAUUUUGAUGAACUAAGAGAUAAUCGUGAUUAUAAAGUAAUGCUCAACUGGGAUAAUCCCUCAAAAUUCAAUGUAGAAGAAUUACAAGACAAAUCUUUUGAAGAAGAGAAAUGUUGGUUACGUGUGCGGAAUUAUUUACUAAGGAUAUUAGCAGCAGCAGUUUUGAUUGGUCAGGAAGCUGGAACAGAUGGUAAAAUGAAUGGUGUGACAGAAAUAGAAAAGGAACCUAUGACACAGACAUUACAAGAACUUUCUGCUAAACUAGAGAAUCAUAUAGAUGAUUGUGUUAUGUAUAAAGAACAAUAUCAGGUACCGUAUGUGUUACAAGCUCCAUUUAGAACUCGACUAUGUUACUACCUCAUAAAUGACCAUCAUAGAGUACUAAUAGAGAUGGUGGAUGCUGUUUUAUAUACACAUAAAUUACAACAAAAUAAUCUAGAACUGAAUGAUGUUGAAGAAGACAGAAUCAAGUCUGCUAUACCUAAAUUAGUUGCUGCACUAGUGAAUACAGUUGAAAUAUCAGAUAAUGGAAGCACCAAUCUCAGUUCUUCAGUUAUAGAAAAUUUAGUUCUUUGUGCAGAGACAUUUUCAUUUACAAUCAUAUUAGCAGGGGUGUGCAAUAGAUUUCUUAAGCCAUUGAAAAUUGCACAAACAAAGAAAUUGAAGAAAAAGAAAAGUCCAUUAACAGAACUUCUACCAACAUUUGAAAAUUUUAAUGAAUUAUUAAAAUGUUUAGAAAAGGGUGUAGCAUGUCUUCAUCUUGCCUGUAAACAGAUAAAUCCGGGUUAUUUAGAGCUUGAUAUGUCGAAACUUAAUCUCUCUCAACCACUCACAGAUCAUGCAGAUGAUGCUAUUUAUGAAUCUGAAAUGUGGAAAAAGGUGGAGAAAAGCUACGAACAAGCUGCACAGGAAAUUUCAGAACUUUUGCAUAAUAAACUUCAGUACCUCCAUACCUUAAGGUUAUGAUGAGAUGAACUUUGAACCUUGAAUAAUGUCUAUAUAGUGUAUAUAUAGUCACCUACUGUAUUAUAAGAACAACAUCAACAUGGUGCAGUCAUGUGAACGAAAUCCAACAUUGUGUGUGUGUAUUUAUCCUUCAAAUGACAAUCGGCUAUAUGGCUAAAAAAAACAACCUUGUCUUGUGAAUCCAGAACGUUCUGAAUUGAGAGAAUUGCAAUCAAUUGAAAAUAAUUCAGUUCAGUCAUAGUUUCACUAGUCCCGAUAACUGACAUACUGUUUGUAGAAUCGUGAUGUAAACAAAUACAGCAUAGUUUCAGCUGUCAUGAUUGGUUAAAUAUUGCUGGUUUGAGCUUUGUUGUUCAAAGUCCUCUUUUUCUCUCAUUUGUUACUAUUCGUGAGAUUGUGAGAAUUUUACUUACAGAACAUUCAAUGGAGUAUCCCCAGUGUUCUAGCUGAGGUGAAGUCUAGCUGAUUAGAAGGUUAAUUUAAGUUAAUUUGUGAGAGUUAUAAAAUAGGAAUAGACUGUACUGAACAGAUAAUACAGUUACGAGAUCUAAAAAUAUACGUUUCAUAUAAUUAUCAUUAAAUUUAUAAGAGCAAUAGUUGAUCUUUUUUAAAUGCUAAAUAUAAAUGUGGAUUUAAUCCAAAUCUUCAAUUUAUUGUUUUGUUUCUGUUCUAAAAACAAUCACUGUUUUGAUACCAAAUAAUGCAUUUUGUUUUUAAAAUAUCAAAUCAUCUUAAAAUGCCAGUGUUGGGCUAAAAUUCGUUUUUGGGGUGAGUUAGUUGAACCUGUUGGGUUACAGUUACUCCUUAUUAUAUUUUGGAAUUAAUCUGAUCUCAUAUCUUGGGCUUUUUAAAUUUUAUUACAAAUCUGAACUAAUUUUAUGUUCUUUGUAACAAGAUGAUUUGAAUUUUGUAAACUCUUUGAAAAUAAGACUAACAUUUAAUUGGGACAAUUCUAUUAAUAUUUUCAUUACAAUAUAUUCAGAUGGUCAGUCCAUUAACAUCUAAGAAUAUGUAUAAGAGAAGUAUAUUCUGGGUCUGUGACACCAUUAUAGGCUAAUAAUACCUUUGACAGUAUUUUCCAUAUCACGAUUUUGAUUGGUAGGUUGAUCUGGAAACAACUAAUCACAAUCUGCAUAUCACUGAACACUCCUUGUAAGGAUAUCUAUCUUCAUUAGCCUAGUUGGUACAAUAAAGUAGGAUGUUAAACCCAUUUUAUUUCCUAUAAGGAAAUGUUAAAAUAAAGUGGAAGGUAUAAUUUUAGACAAUUUAACAACACCUGACCGACAAGACGAGAUGAUGAUAUUUAUGUAAGUUUAUAACAUGAUGUAAUAUGACCUGUGCCUGUUGAACAUUGUGAUAAUUUUAUAACCUAUAGAUGUAAUAGCUGUUAGAUAUAAUAUAGUUUGUGUGUAUUUAUAAUUAAUUAACUGUAUUAUAAAAUAUUCCAGUUUCCAGUCUACAACCAAAAAAUGCAAAACACAUACUUUACUCGUUUAUAAUCUAUACUGUUCAUAAUACAGGUUUUUUUUAGUCAUCAUUAUCACAAAUUGAAAUGCUUGAUUUCAUCAUUAAAUAUAUUAUUUUGAAAUAAUCUAUUUAUAUAAAUGUAUUGUGUUAAUCUCUUAGUGUCAUUUUUCAUACGCCCACAUUGUCAUCCGGACAAUUCUUGUAAAUAAUCUACAGGUUAGUUUUUGAGAGAUUCUAACUUGGUGUGAUUGUUGGACUAGGUGUAAAGAAUCAAACAUUAAUUUUAUGUUGGAGUAUUUUAGAGACAUUUUGUUUUUGAACUUCGAUGUUUGACCAGUCAAAAUUCAGUCACUCAUUGAUGAUUCACCUAUACUAAGACCAUGCUGUUUUUAAUAUAAUGGUAAACAGUAUGGUCUGUCCAUCAUUAAAAAAACCCAGCAUCCAUAUCUAUCAUCACCUGAUUUAAAUAGUCAUUUUGUUAUGGGAAGUUUAGAUAAUGCUAGUAAUUACGAUACAUAAAUUCUCCAGAGUUAAAGAUUUCUGAGAUCUUCAUCUCUGCUUAGCUGCUUUGCUUAUGUAUUCAUCAAGUCAUCACAAAUUUUUUUGUAAGAUUUAUUUCAGUUAUCACUUUUUGUUGUGUUGAGGAUACUAGCAUUAUUGAAUCUCAUUUCAGUAUGUUGGGCAUUCUUUAUAAUAGCAGAAAUUAUUGACAAAGAGAGUGUUAAAGUUGCUAUAGUGUAGGUAUACAUAGUUAUGCUGGCACAUGACUAGACAAAAUCAACUAUCCGUGAUGUGUGAUUCAUAAAAUUGAAGGUCUCAAAUCUACAGUUAGUUUUCAGACUAAAAAUUGUGCAAUGAAAAUUAAAAUGAAGUCUCUAGUAAACCGGUUUGUGUUUCAUCCCAGGUUUGUCUUUGUGCUUAUAUGGGGGGGGGGCGGCGAAUGGUUAGCAUGUGCGUGCUGUAUCUUAAGGUCCGUCAUUGGUAUGGUUUCGAUUCCCUGGUUGUACAUGACAAGGAGUAGGGUCACCUGUCCAACCCUGUGGGUUUUCCCGGGGUUCUCCAGUUUCCUCCCACUGCUAAAGACCUGUAUGUGCAAGUGAAUUAUUGAAAUAAAGUUGAACCAUGUGUUAGUCCCGAAAUGACCUAGUUUGUGUCGAGUGGAGUUAAACCCCAUUUCUCUCUCUGUGCUUAUACGAAAUAUUAACUUAGGUGAACAGCCAAAAGGUGUUCGAAUUAGAUUUCGAACUGUUGUGUUCUAAUUUAUUUGGAAGGAAUUAUGGCCAGAUGGGUUAUUCAUUGCCCUCUUAACUUUGAGUCAUUCAGUUAUAAAAUAAAGUUGAGUUGCUGUUGUUCAGGGAUUUCAUGACUACCGAAUAGGUUAAAGACCUCAAUAGUCCAAUUAAUAAAUUAUAGUCUAUUUCUGUAUAAAACGAACGCUACCUGCAAUACCUCUCUUUUGUCUAUAAUAAGUGGCUUCAUGUAAUGUUUACAUCAGUAAGAUAUUUACCACUAAUUAUUGUAUAGUUUCGAGGAGUGUUAUGGUUGACAAUACUACUGAUUGGCGGGAUAACUAAACAAUACUUUAUUUAAGGCGUUUUUAUCGACCACUGAUUAGCCAAAGUGAUUUGCAUUCAAUCAAAUUUUCAUCUUUAAUCUUCAUCUAAUUCAAAUUGGUUGCCCUAAUCAACGAAUUUAUCGACACCGAUUUCCGAAGCGAUUACACCAAAUCACUUCAGGGUGCGAUUUGAUCGGGUGAUCACGUGUUUUUUUCAACUGUGUCCAGCCACAACAAUUGAUUACAGCUAAUCAGAGCAUUUAACGAACUCGCCAAAGUAAUUUGAAAUCGACUAUACUGUCACAUGACAUCUCCACUAAAUUCAAAUCGAUUUGGCAAGUCGAUAAAAAAGCCUUUAAUUAUAUAAUUGUCUGGGAUAUAUCACCCUGUUGGAAACAGAUUCAUAAAUAAUGAUUAUGUAAGAUUUAGAGUGGUUGUAUUUCAAAUAUAUGCUAAAUGAAUAUAUUGAAAAUUUCACCCAAAUUACUUUAUUCUGAGCAAAUUAGGCACUGUCUGAAGUUUUGACAAGCUGUGGCAUAGAUUGUUUAUUAUCGUAACGAUAUUUGUUAUUCUAGACUUGGCCUCGCUUUGUCAUUUUUAAAUUAAAUCUUGAAAUGGUGACUAUUUUCACCACCCGAUGUUCUAGAGAAUUGAUUAUAAUAAUUUAUAUAAGAUCUGAAACAAAAAUAAUGACCUGCAAUAGGCUCUUACAUAAUGCAUUUUUAAAUUAAGCUAUAUGACCUGAUAUCACCCUGGUGGAAAUGAUGUUAAAGCUAUAUGACACAUCAUAUUGAAAUUAAUCCAAUUAGUAAAAGCCCAUGUUAAGUGCAUUCAUUUCUUGUUUUCAAGUUCGAAAUUCUUGGAUGCAUUUUAUUAAUACUAAUGACCUAAAGAUAAUUGAUAGAAUUUAUUUUGGCCUAAAGCAGAUCAAUAUUUUUUGUCUAGUUUACUAUUUGCAAUAAAAUUGUAAAAGCCAAGUUUGUUUGCAUGUCAGUGUUAAUCUAGGUGUGAGGUUUGGAGUGAUUUAUUUAAAUAGUAGUGUUUUAUAUGAAUGAGAAAGAUAUAGCCAUGUUGUAUAUAUUUCUAUCAUAAUAAUUAAUGCCAUUAAGAACAGCUUGGUAUAAUUUUAUGAUUUUGUAAAUAUGUCAUCAUUGAAUGUGCUAAAUAUUGUAUUAUAAAACAACUGAAAUACAUUUUUACUUGUCAUAAAUGGCUGUUUUUGUUA